UUGUGCAUGAUGCGAAAUGUCAAAACUAAGCGCCAAAAUUGUUUACACUUUACAAUAAUAGUUGCAAAAAGAAGAAAUUUGUUGAGCUCUUAGAAAUUUUAUUAAAUAAAUAUUGAUUGAAAUGUACGAGCGUAGUUCUUUGCGUUAUGCUCAUACUACGGGCUUCACUAGUUUAAUUUAUACGGAUAAUGGAGAAUAUAUUUUGACAUGUGGUUCAGAUGGUGAUGUUCGCAAAUGGCGAGGUAUAGAUGAUGAUGACCCCUCGUCGAACUGUUUAGGAGAAUACAUAAUUUGUUUGGCCCAAAAAGGGAACAAGUUAUUGGCGUCUACAGAUCGUAAUACAGUGCAGGCGUACACUUUCCCGGAUAUGGAAAUAGACGGCACAUUAAUGCGUUUUACAGCGCCUGUUGUAUCCAUUAAGGUGAGGAAUGAUUGCGUGGCUGCUGGUUCUGAAGAUACAAAAAUUAAAGUAAAAAAUGGAGAGUUAGAACCGAUUGAAUUAGAAGGACACAAAGGUCCAGUGCUGGCGUUGGAUAUACAUCCGAGACUUAAUUUUUUGGCAUCAGUUGGUGGCGAAGGUAAUCUAAAAAUCUGGAAUCUAAAAGAAUUCAAGGAAAUCAAAACAGUUACAGGAUUAACUAAAAGCAACAGUUUUGAGAAUGCAACAUGUUUUGGAAGUCCUUGUUUUGAACCAAGCAAUGGCAACAGUCUUGCCUACGUUAAUGGUAAAGAAAUUGUUGUACUAAGUACUUCAACGUGGGAAACGCAGUUCUCCCUUACAGACGAUAAAAUUAAGGGAGAGUAUACGUGUUGCCAAUUUUCUAAGGAUGGAUUGUUCUUAGCAGCCGCCACCGAUAAGGGAGAGAUUUCUGUUUUUGAUUUCAACAGCAGGCAGUCUAAAAAAUGCGAAGCGCCGUCUAGUGAAUGUCAAAAUAUAACAUGCUUAGCUUGGAAUAGUAAAAAUAAUGGUGAAAUCGCUUAUUGUGAUGCUUCAGGCCAGUUAGGUGUAUUGUUUUCUACAAACGAUGCUCUUGAAGACGACGCCAUGGAGGAAGACACUGGAAAUGUCGAUAAUGUUUUUGGUGAAAUAGAAUUCGCUGAAGAUGAUUCUAAAAGUAGUGAUAAGAGGGUGUUGGGCAUUGGUGGUGAUGUCGACGACGAUGUUGAUGAAGACGAUGAUGCAGUAUCAAUUGAAAAAUUAAAGAGUAAAAUUAUGUCUUACGGAAACGGAGAUGUUCCAUGUGAUGAAGGAACCAGGGAUUCUAUUGAAAGAGAGCGUUCAGAAAGCCCAUCAAUAUCGGGAGCUGCUUACAACAAAACAUUUAAACAGCAAUUGCCCUUUCAGCCCAGUUCAACUCCCACCCACUUGGAACAUCGUUAUUUGGUGUGGAACAGUAUUGGUAUAGUAACGUUGCACGCUGAUGGGUCGGAUGGAGCUAUAGAUGUUGAAUUUCACGAUGCUAGUGUACAUCAUUCACUGCAUAUUCCAAAUUAUAAUAAUCAUAAUAUGGCAAGUUUAAGCUCCUCAGUUUUGGCCAUGGCAUCAGAGAGUUCAUCAAAAAUUGUUUGCAUAGCAUUAUCUGCUUCUGGAAAUAGAGAGUGGUCCCUGCAAUUACCAGAUUGUGAGAGUGUCGAAGCUAUAUGUGCAACAUCGAAAAUGGUAGCUGCAGUCUCAAAUUUGCAAUUUCUUAGAAUUUUUACGGUGAUGGGAACACAAAGAGAAAUAAUUUCGGUACCCGGUCCGGUGAUAUGCAUGGCUGGAUAUGAAGAUAGAAUUUUAGUUUGCUACCACAGUGCUCCAUCGAGCGUAAAACAACAAAACAUACAGGGCAUGUUACUGCAGACAUCAGGCCUUAAAAUAAAGUGCCAAAAUAUAACAAUACCUCUGACGCCGGAAAGACAGUUGGUUUGGCUGGGAUUUUCUGAUUGUGGUUCCCCUGUUUUCUACGACUCUAUGGGAUUGAUUCAGUUGUUUAAUCUCAAAUCGAAUUGUUGGUACCCAGUUUGCGAUACCAUGAAACAAUCCUCAAGCGUAUCGAAUAAUUAUUUUAUUAUUUCUCUUUCGGAAAGAUCACAAAUACUUCAAGCCGUGCUUUGUCGAGGAACUUCAUAUCCUAUGACCACUCCUCGUCCAAUGGUGCAGGAAUUACAAUUGCAAUUGCCACUUUGUGAUAUAGAAAGUGAAAAAUCGUCCCUGGAAGAUUCCCUUUUACGCGCGACUAUAAUGUCCAUGGACAACGCAGAAAAAACAGUUAAAGAGACCGCCAUAAAAUUAUUUGCUUUGGCCUGUCGUAGUGAAAUAGAGGUACGAGCAAAAGAACUUAUUGAAACCAUUGCUUGUACAGACCUGCUAAUGCUGGCAGUAAAGUAUGCAACAAAACUGGGAAGGAUUCAUUUAUCAGAUAAACUGUCCGAUUUGUUGCCACAAAUAGAAGAAGAGCAACAAACUAGGGAACAUGAAGAGCUCUUAGUUGAGCAAUCUCUACCAGCAUCACCCCUCAUCUUGUUAAAGGCCUAUCAAAAUGGUUCAUCUUCGAAUUCAAAAAAGUUGGCACCCAAGACCAUGGAGUUGGGUUCAGCAAAAAAAACUACUUUAAAAAGGUUUUCAUACAACAGUAGUUCCCCUUCAAUAUCUUUGUUCAAAAAAUCUACACACGAACAAAAUUUACCAUCGUCUUCAGAAACAUCUCAAGAAAAUAUCAGUAAUUCCGAAUUAGAUUCUCAAUUAUCAAAAAGCUCAUCGAAGGUUGAUGAAUCCAUUAUUACACGGACACCUUUGAAUUCAGUAAAUCCAUUUGCAUCUAAACGCAAACUUUCAGAUGUUGAUAAAACUAUAUUAAUGGGUUCUGAAAAAUUGAAAAUUGCUAAAAAAUGAAACAUUUGUAGUUGUUAGAUUAAUUUUAAGAAUUGUGUAUUUAAAAAUAAAACACAUUAUUUCAUAUGUA